AUGGGUGCGGCAGACCGUGCCAGUUGGUUAGGGCAGAUACAGAAAUACAGGGCUAGACGCCUUGAAUUGGAUGUAGCAGAGACCGAUCUACGCCGCAGAAGACCUCAUGUGGACCUGCAAGAUGACGAUAAUCUCGAAGAAAACCGUGAGCCUCCCCCUGAGGUCAAAUCACUCAUCGACAUAUUUCCGGGUGUCUCCGCCGCCCUUCUUAUACGCGUCUUCGAGAGGAAGUUGAAGGCGACUGAACUUAUACGCUUCAAAGAGAAGUCAGUCACCGAGCUAGAUCAGGAGGAUAGAGUCUUCAAAAUGACCGAAUCGGGAGGCACAGUGGGCUUCAAGAAGGCAGCAGCGUCGCUUAAGGACUGGGGCCCUAACUCUCGGAUAUGGACGACUUGCUUUCUUGCCUAUCUGGCCGUUGUAGGGUACCUCUUCGGCGAGAAACAUCCUAAGGCAAUUCCCAACCUCCUCAUGUUUAUGAGGCAGAUCCUGGACUUCGCUCAGACUUAUCGGUGGUCGGAAGCAGUUCUCCCACUUGCCCUUAAUUUCCACCAAUACAUACUGGAUAAAGGAGAGCUAUCGACGGACAACUACCUGGUCACGGGCCCAUUUCGCGAGAAAUACCUCCGCCACAAUCUCACCCUACCUGCGAAGUCACCAACAAAUCCUCCAGCCCGGCCUCGUCAAGCCAGGAAUACCAGGUCUUCGAAUAAUGAGACAGAGGUUUGCGAUAAGUUCAAUACGAUAGGUGACACCGGCAACGUUGUUCUUAACCCCUUGUCCCUAAGCCUCACACCGCAGGGGCAACCACCUAGACCAAACACUGCUAUUCAAUACCCCGUGUUCAACCCAGAGCUCCCAAGAUUACAAUCCUCUCCGUCACCACUCAAUGCGAAAGGCUGGAGCAAUCUUCUGCGCUACUAUCCAGGCGAUCUGGGCUCCACUAUCGCUGGGAUUCUGACCUACGGUGCCCAGGUUGGCUAUAGGGGCAAGAAGCAGUUUCGCUAUUCCUCUAACCAUCACAUACACGAACCCGGCAUAAUCACGGCCCAACUAGCAGAAGACCUCAACCUCGGCCGUGUUAGACUAGCCUCUAGGCCCUCCUUUGUUUCACCGCUUGGGUUGGUUCCUAAGCACGAUGGGGGAUGGCGCCGCAUCCAUGACCUAUCUUGGCCGCCUGGACAGGGCCUUAACCAGGGCAUACCGGACUCCUGGUCAGCGAUCGAAUACAUGACAAUCGAUCAUAUCCACGAGCAGGUCAUACAAGCUGGCCGAGGUUGCACAAUCAUCAAGAGGGAUAUCAAGGACGCCUUCCGAAUAGUCCCCGUUGCCGAGGAUAACCAACAUCUCCUUGCCUUCCAGUGGAAUGACUCGACUUACGUCGAAUGCUGUCUCCCCUUUGGCCUCGCAACGGCCCCAUUUCUGUUCAAUCUCUUCGCCGAGGCAUUCCAUUGGAUACUCCAAUGCCACCUACCUGCAUUCCAUAUCAAUCAUUACCUAGACGACUUCAUCGUCAUUGCCCGGUCUCCCUCGGUGUCCGAGCCCACGGGUCCCUUCGACGAGGUUUACAACAGGGUCACCGACUACCUACGUAUCCCCCGCAAUACCAAAAAGGACCAGCAAGGGACCUGCGUUACAGUCCUAGGUAUCCAGAUCGACUCUAUUGCAAUGGAAGCUCGUCUGCCACCAGAAAAGUUGUGCCGCGCCACAUUGGACGCCGCAGCUUGUCUGACGGCAGGAGAACAAGGCUACAGUCUCUAUACUCCUUCCAAGCCGUUUUCCCACAUGGGAGUAGCGCGCGCCGCCGUAUCCCCUACGAGGUACGUGACGAUUUGGAAUGGUGGAGGGACUCCUUGUCUCUCUUCAACGGCGUACUCCUCAUUGACCCUUGCCGCCGCACUAUCACGCAUCUCUACACAGAUGCUUCUAGUAUAG